AUGAACACACUCCGAACGAAUAGUGCUGGUGCAAAGUCGACUGCAUUAGUGAGCUUGCCCGCUUGUGGAAUUUGUUUCCAGCCCUACAACGAAGCGGAACAUCUGCCGAAGGUGCUAUCAUGCGGUCACACAAACUGUAUUACCUGUCUAAGUCGGUGGCAGUCGACAUAUGGCCAUUCGAAAACUAUUACUUGUACGGUUUGCCGCAAUGUCACUUCUGGACCGAUCACCUCAAUCCCUAACAACUAUCAGCUUAUGGGUGAGGUUCUUUUACAUUUAAAUUUUGUACACUUCAAAACAGGCACAUCUGUCGAGACAACACAGAUUGCAACUAUUCGUUCUAGGACCCACACACAAUUAGCUCAUCGCCGAGUGAUGAGACGAUGUUUUUCUCUCGUUCUUUUUUCCUCUGUUAUUCUUUUUGCUGCCGCGAUCCCUUAUCUAAUUUCUUAUUCCUAG